GUGACUAGUAGCUUCAUGCCAUAAAACAAAAAAUAUUCUUUUAUAGACACCUGUUCUAAGAAGUCAGGAGAAGAUGGUUGGCUGUUGGUUUUUCACCUCUGGGCCAGUGUCUCUGAGUGCCAAAAUUGAGAGGAAGGGAUACUGUAAUGGGGAGGCCAUACCAAUCUAUGCAGAAAUUGAGAACUGCUCUUCUCGUUUGAUUGUUCCCAAAGCUGCCAUUUUCCAAACACAAACUUACCUGGCCAGCGGGAAGACAAAGACCUUCCGUCAGAUGGUUGCCAAUGUGCGAGGAAACCAUAUUGCCUCUGGGAGUACAGACACUUGGAAUGGGAAGACUCUGAAAAUCCCACCUGUAUCCCCUUCUAUACUUGACUGCUGUAUUAUUCGAGUAGAAUAUUCAUUAGCAGUGUAUAUCCAUAUCCCUGGUGCUAAGAAAUUGAUGAUUGAAAUGCCUCUGGUGAUUGGCACAAUUCCAUGUAUUGGAUUUUCAAGCAGGAACUCCAGCAUUACCAGCCAGUUCAGUAUGGAUAUGAGUUGGCUGGCAUUGACCAUGCCGGAGCACCCUGAAGCACCACCAAAUUAUGCUGAUGUAGUGUCUGAGGAAGAGUUCUCCAGACAUGUUCCUGCUUAUCCCCCACCAAUUGACUGUGAGGAACAAUUGUGUUGUCCUGUGUUUGCUUACAUACAAGAGUUCCGGUUCCAGCCUCCACCUCUUUAUUCAGAGAUUGAUCCACAUCCUACUGAUGUAGAAGAAACACAGCCGGUUUCAUUCAUGCUUUGAAGAGGAUUUGUAAGGAGCAUCAUUGUGAUGAAUGUCUUAUCUUUCUGCUGCUUCAGCUGAUUGUGCAGCUAAAAAGGAAACAGUUUUCUUUUUCAAACUUAAGUUUGCAUACAAGAAAAGUCAAGGAAAAUGGAGAUGGAGGUAUGAGCAUGUUUGGUGAUGGAAAAGAAUCUGCUGGAUUAGUCUGCACGGAGGAUGUCAUGGGAGCAGCUAUGAGUGGGGUACCAUGAAAAGUACCUGAAAACACUGAAGGUCUUUGAAAAAGUGGAUAUUCUGUAUAAAGUACAAGUAAGGAUGUUUUGAAGAGAACUUCCAUGUUACAAGGAGCACUCCAGAAGAAUUUUAGUAAUGAUCUUGAUACUGAGAACUUGGGUGGUAGAACAGAAUGGGGCAAGAACACAUUUCCAAAAGAUUCCCCAGGUUUCUGGGGCUUCGGUUUUGCACUGUUUGCAUCCAAGAGUGGAACGCUACUAAAAUUUCACUCCAGCUUAACUCUAUUUCAUGAGAACAUGCCCUUCUAAUGCCUGUCCAGUGGUACUAUUUCAUCAUUCAUACCCUGUCUAAAGGUGGCAUGGAUGACAAAAUAGCUAUUACGCAAUAUUAUGAAGACAACCGUUAAUGAAUGAAAGACACAAGUAUGUAAAGGAAAAUUGAACUUUGAUAAGAGCUUAUGCACUAUGCUUUCUUUAAAGGGAUCUCUUAAGGGAAUUAUUCUAGCCUCUUUCACUAUGUAGUUCUUUUUCUUCAUCUUAUGCCUAUGGAUAGCAUGACAAGCGUGGCAAAGGAGAAACCUUUUGCCAACAGCAGGUAUACUUGGCAAAAUGGACAAUAUUUAUUUAUUCAGAAGCCUUUAUAAGCCUACCUCUGUUUUGGAUAUUUACUUACGGUCAGAUCUGAGACCAAAAAAAGUCUUGUAAACCUCCAGUAUACUUCGAAGUUUGGAACAGAAGGAACCUGAAAUGAAAUAGUGAACAAGAGUUCACAAUAGUGAACAAGGGAUAAGAGACAUAGG